AUGGAUUCGCAAAGAAACUUUCAGACCCUGAAGGGCAAAGUCGCUCUCAUUACCGGUGCAUCCCGUGGUCUCGGCGCAGGCUUUGCCUACGAGCUUGCACGAAGAGGAGCCAAGAUCGUUGCAACAUACACAUCUCCCAGUAGUGAAAAGCUCGUCAAAGAGCUGUCCGACAAGAUUAAUUCUCUCGAUCCACCAUCACAAUGCAUUGGUGUAAAAGCAGACCUCAAGGAAGAAUCGUCCCCUGCUGAGAUAGUUCGUCAAGCUGUUGCUGCGUUUGGUCCUCAGAUCGAUAUACUCAUCAACAACGCCGGCAUGGAAAUCGUCAAGUCCCAUACUGACAUAACCGCCUCCGACUUUGACUCGAUCUUCUACCUCAAUGUGCGAGCCCCCAUUCUCCUGCUUCAAGCCGUCAAACCAUAUCUCCCGUCUUCAGGUGGCGGUCGUAUCAUCAACAUAUCUUCGGUGGGCGCACGACGCGGUUUCAAAAACUUGUCCCUUUACUGUGCUUCGAAAGCUGCACUCGAAGGAUUGACGCGCUCGUGGGCUGCUGAAUUAGGCGAGGAGGGUCAUACGGUGAAUGCUGUUAAUCCUGGGCCAGUACAGAGUGAUUUGCUGGACAAUAUUCCCAAAGACAUAGUGGACAUGCAGAAGAAACAGACACCGGCGGGGAAUAGGUUGGGCGAGGUAGAUGAUGUUGCACAAAUUGUUGCAUGGUUGGCUUCUGAGGAGAGCAGAUGGGUUACAGGACAGGCGUUGUCUGCUAGUGGGGGGCUGGAGAUGUAUUGA